AAUUCCUAUAAAGCCAUUUCCUUUUCCAAAUUUCUUCUCAAUUCAAUUCAAUCAUCAUUCCUCAUUCGUCAAUCAGGGUUUCUCCUUCAACUGAAUCAAGUCCAAAAUGGCGGGACGGUCUUCUUUGAAUCCACAUGCAGCAUCGUUUGUUCCACGCUCUGGAAAUGGUUUCAAGAAUCAUGAUGAGGCGCCUUAUGAUGAUCAUCAUGAGCACCUUCUUGAAUCCAACACUGAAAGCAUCCCCGAGUCUUUGCAAGAGAACACCAACCCUGCUGCACCAUGCACUUCAUCAUCGCAUAAUGUGACUGAGGAUGAUGAGAACGUGGAUAUUGGUAUUCUAAAGAUGACAUUUCCUGACAUUCAUGUACAGUCCCUUAGAGAUUUAUACAUGAUAAACCAUUCUGAUCUGGAUGAUACUUUGGACAUGCUCUGGCAGCUUGAGAGUGAUGACCUUGAGGCUUUUGACACACUGGAACAUCUUUCAAUUAAUGAUCAUACAACUCCUUCAGAAUCUGCACCAGCAUCUGAUUCUGCUUCAGCUGAUGUUAGUACCGAGUCAAAGCCCGCGACAUCAGCUAACGAGUGAAUAAUUGUGUGACUCAAAUUGGUGCAAAAGUGUAAAAAUAGGGAUAAUUACUCUGAACAGCAAACAUACAUGGUUUGAUUUUGUGUUUUGUAUAGUUCUAAGCUAGCUGCGCCUUAUUUGCUUCUGGUCUCAAGUGUUUCGUUUUGAUGGGUUUCUUGUGCUGUGGACCAUUUGUUGUGCAGCUUUCACUUGUAAGAAAUUGAAAUGAAAGACCAAAAGUGAUAAAAGGAAAAAAAAGAAACAAAAUGAAGGUGGUUUUUGCUUGGGA